GUUGACACUGAUAUUGCCGCUAUAAUGCUUGCUCAUUUACAUCGCUUAAAAAAUGAUUCGACCAUUUGGAUGCUGACGGGUACUGGAAACAAUGUGAGGUACGUGAAUCUAACAAAGAUACACGCCCAGUUAGGAGAAUCCAUUUGCCGAAGCUUGCCUGGUUUCCACGCAAUAACAGGGUGCGAUUACAAUCCGGCAUUAUUUAGAAAGGGAAAACUAAGACCUUACAAACUAUUAAAAAAAAAACGAUGAAUUCCAAAAAGCUUUUAUAAAGUUCGGCGAAAAUAAGUUAAUAGAGGACAGCAGUGAACAGAAGAACAUUUUCAAUAGUAUUCAGAAAUAUAUAUGCAGUGUAUAUAAUGUUCGGAAUGCAAUUGAUGUCAAUUCUGCUCGAGUUCAGAUGUUUAUAGACUCAUACAAAGUUUCCGACAUUAAUGAGGCUUUCAAUCGAAAAAAAUUGAGAAACUUUGAUGCUAGCAGUUUACCACCUUGUGAAAAUGAGCUACUACAGCAUUUUUUACGAGCUAAUUAUAUUUGUACGAUUUGGAACAAUGCUCACUUAAGAAAACCUACUUCACAUAAACCUGAAAAUAAUGGCUGGGUACUGGAAAAUGAUCAAUACCAUUUUAAAUGGUUUGAAGGAGAUCAGCUACCUACUUAUGUCAGUGAUUCUCUACAAACUUUGUCAGAAGCUGAUGAAGACGAUGACAUUCAUGAGGACAAAUCCGCAGAAUGGAGUAGCGGUGAUGAAGAUAAUCGAGAUACCGACGAGGACGAUGAAGUUGAUUAAAUAUUUUUUUUGAUUUAAUAAUAAUGUUUGACACAUUAUAUUUUUACUUUGUAUUGUAAUGGCUAUAAUUAUAAAUAUAAUUGAAAUCUUUUUCGAUUGGUUCAAUUACGAUCUAAA